AUAUGCGUGAUAAAAUGAGGAAAUGGAGAGAAGAAAACUAUCGAAACAGUGAACAGAUAGUGGAUGUUGGAGAAGAGUUAAUUAAUGAAUAUGCAUCUAAACUUGGAGAUGACAUUUGGAUAAUAUAUGAGCAGGUGAUGAUUGCUGCCCUGGACUGCAGUCGAGAUGAUUUGGCAUUGUUUUGUCUUCAGGAGCUGAGGCGACAGUUUCCUGGGAGCCACAGAGUGAAACGAUUAACUGGAAUGCGAUUUGAAGCAAUGGAAAGGUAUGAUGAUGCUAUCCAGUUAUAUGAUAGAAUUUUACAAGAAGAUUCAACUAAUACAGCAGCAAGAAAGCGUAAGAUUGCCAUUCGAAAAGCCCAGGGGAAAAAUCUCGAGGCCAUCCGAGAGCUGAAUGAGUAUCUGGAACAAUUUGUUGGAGACCAAGAAGCUUGGCAUGAACUUGCAGAACUUUACAUCAAUGAACAUGACUAUGCAAAGGCAGCCUUCUGCUUAGAGGAGCUUAUGAUGACUAAUCCACACAACCACUUAUAUUGUCAGCAAUAUGCUGAAGUUAAAUACACUCAAGGGGGGCUUGAAAACCUUGAGCUAUCCAGAAAGUAUUUUGCACAAGCACUGAAGCUUAACAACAGAAAUAUGAGAGCUCUAUUUGGACUUUACAUGUCUGCCAGCCAUAUUGCUUCCAAUCCAAAAGCAAGUGCAAAAAUGAAAAAAGAUAAUAUGAAAUAUGCCAGCUGGGCAGCUAACCAAAUAAACAGAGCAUACCAGUUUGCAGGUCGCAGUAAGAAAGAAACGAAAUACUCUUUGAGGGCAGUGGAAGACAUGUUGGAGACUCUGCAAAUCACUCAAUCUUAGCUUGGCACAGAGAUCCAGUAUGAAAUUUUCCAGUAUCAUAUUCAGCCUGUAAUGACCUGUGGGCUAUGUUACUCUAGUGCUGUUAAAAGUUAAUUUUGUAUUGAUUAAUGUGCUAUAUAAAAUAACGUUUUAUGAAAAGUAAAAUUCCUAUUUAUUGCUGCUAUAACAAAUGUGAUAAAUAUCCACUGAAAUUAAUAACUUGUCCACGUAGACAACAUAAUGAAAUGACAUGCUGCACAUGAGUCUCUUCAGAUUUUUGUAUUUACAGUACCUGCUUCUAAGCCAUAAUUUGUAGAAAUAAACUUGUUAAAUGAUU